AUGGAUGAGGAGUGCACGGAAUACGAGCUGAUGGUGAACAACGAGAAGGACAAGCACUUCGCCACGGACAGAGUGUGUGACAUGGAAGACCAAGCUGACAGACGGGCAACCCACCUUGACCUGGGUGACGAAGUGCAUGACGAUGUCGAUCUUGGAACCCUCGCGACCAAGCAAAAUCACAUUCGUCGGUCGUUGGCAGCCAACGCGUCUAUCAACCCCGGCCAUAGCGGCGUCUCCUCUCUCAGCAUCCGCUUUGGCAACACCGUCUUCGCCGCCUCCGCGUGCUCCCGUCAUGUCACCAUCACCAUGUCAUAUCUUUGUUAA